AUGAUUGGCUUGGACUUGUUGAGCCCAUUAAAAGCAGGUGCGUGUUCGGCGCGCGCACAUGAGUCUUGGCCUGGGUGCGGUGGUCGCACGUUUGGUGACCGUCAGCUUUACUUGGUUGGAGGCCGCUGGAGCGCGUGGGAGAAGCGCUUUGGCGAGGCUCUCUCCACGUGUGGUCUAUACCAGGGCUACCACUCUGAAAGGCAGCCGCUGUUCUGUCCACCUCUGUCUCGCAUGUCUCUGGAGACGCUGGAGCGCGCUCACGUGUGGCCUCCUGGCUCGGAUCACACCGCUACAGCGUGCACGAGCGCUGGAGUGCUCUAG